AUGCCGUUUGGGGAAACAUUGGAACAAAAGGUGGCCAAGUUUGAGAUGUUCAUCAACGACGUACUUAAGGAAAACCUGAAGAAUUUACAUGUGGCUUUAGAAAAGGCAAAUGAGCAAAUUAUGAAGUUGGAAGACAUAUACAACUCGAUACGGACAAUGAGUCAAUUGGUAUCUGAGGAGACAGGCAAAUCGUUAAACGCCCAGAUAAACAUUGGCUGUGAUGUUUACAUGCAAGCAAACACUGUACCACAAUUUUUUUUGGUAUGUGUUGGUUUGGGACAUUAUCUGGAAUUUACUCAAUCCGAAGCGAUGUCUUUUAUUCAGAACCGCAACAAAGUAUUAAGGGCUCGCAUAAAACAAUUACAAAACAGAGAAGCUAAUGUCCGGGAUCAGAUCACUUUCGCCCUGCUUACUAUUAAAGAAUUACAAAGACUACAUUAG